GCGUGGGCGGAGACCCAGGAAGUGACGGCCCUGCUGGUGGUCCUUCUGGAGUCGGUCAAGUCCGCGGCGCCACCUCUGCGGCCACCGCGUUCCCGGGCGAUGGAGAAUGGAGCGGUGUACAGCCCCACCACGGAGGAGGACCCGGGCCCGGCCAGGGGCGCCCGGAGCGGCCUCGCCGCCUACUUCUCCCUGGGCCGGCUUCCGUUGCGUCGGCUCGCGCUCAAAGCCUUGCAGCUGUUGCUGUCCCUGCUGGCCUUUAUCUGCGAGGAAGUCGUGUCACAGUGCACACUGUGUGGAGGACUUUACUUCUUUGAAUUCGUAAGCUGCAGUGCCUUUCUUCUGAGUCUCCUCAUCCUCGUUGUGUACUGCACUCCUGUUUAUGACCAAGUCGAUACUCCCAAAGUCAAGCAGUCGGAUUUUUAUCUUACUGCGGGAACAGGAUUUGUGUUUUUGUUGGCAUCCAUCAUUUUCAUUUCCACACAUGAUAGGACCAAAGCUGAGAUCGCUGCAACCGUGUUUGGAUUUCUAGCAAGUAUUAUGUUCCUGUCUGACUUUGUCAUUAUGUUCUUCGAGAGACGACAGGAGUCCCAGAUGAGGAAACCAGAGGCUGCCAGGAGCGCAGGGGCCCUCACAGAACCCCUUAAUGCUUAAGGACUCUGGGGACCGGGUGUUAAAUAAGGUAUUGACUGCGUGUCGCCUGAGCCCUGGCCGAAGCUCAUGUAGAAUUUGUGUAAUUGUUAAACCACUUCUUUCGGAGAGCAAGGGGAAGGACAGGAAGGCAGUUUUAUUAACUUUUGCCUAUGUGUCAGUCACCGCAAAUUAGGUCAGUUUGUUUGGGUUUAAAAAAAAAUUUUUUUUAAAUAACAGUUAAAACUUCUGUCACAUGAAAUGGUUCUGCUUUUUUGUUUUGGAGGUGAGGACAGUUUCUUUAAAUCUCAUAGUUCAACUGAUUCUGAUUUAUUCUGUCAUUGUUAACUAGGCCUAGCUUUCAAAUUAAGACUGUACAGCCAGCAUAAUUAAGUUUAUCAAUUUAGAAAUUGUUUUAUUUUUAAAUUAAUUUGUUUAGCCAGGAGUUUUUUAGGUUUGGUUUUUUGUUUUUUUUGUUUUUUUGAUGAUCAGAUAAAAUUUAAUGUAUAUUUAAGAGAUCACUAUUUAAAAUAUUGGACUAGGGGUUUUUUUUCCCCUUAAAAAUGUAAUACCCGGGCUUUACUGUAUGUCAGCCUUAAAAUGAUAUUGUUUAACAUUUUAGGAUAAUUAUUAUUAACUCUUUCUGAGACCUUUUAUAGCCUAAUAGAAACUGUAUAGGAGGUGUUGGUAUUUCGUAUAUAUAAAAGCAACAACAUCAGAAACCCCACGUUUAUACUGCACUUUGGUGGUUGGUGAUAAGCAAAAAAAAAAAAAAAAACCAAAAAAAACCAACCCCCCCCCCCCCCCAAAAAGAACCAACAAACAUUAUAAAACACGUAGAAGAAAUGGAAGAAACUCUCAUGGCUAAGGACCAAAGAUAAAGAAGAUACACUUUUUGCACCAUACAGUGAAAGUAAUUAUAAAAACAGUCUUCAACCACUUACCACUGUCUAAAGAGAUAAGUUUAUACUAUGAGUUCGAAAUUGGUCCCUUCCCUUACUGGCAUAUAGUUAUUUCUACUGAAGUUAAUACAGCUCUGUAGGUCCCAUUAAGUGUUUUCCUUGAAGGCUUCCCUCUUUUUAAGACCCCAGCCUUUGAUUUUUCUUCUAUUUGAGAUUCACCUUGUUCUGUCUCUUUAUCCCCAUGGUCCAUAUGCUGCUUCAUCAUCUGACAGAGGUGAGCCUCUAGCUCCAACUCUUGCUUGAUGGCGGUGGUCUUUAGGUGGUCCACAAUUUGGGGCCCUUUUAAUUGCAUAGUAUAUGUAGCAGGAUCUUUCGGGUUUUUGUUCCCACGUUGGGCAUUUCUCUAACCUCUCUUUGGGGGAGCCCUUCUUAAGGAAGUGAGGAUCUAGCAAAUCCCACCCCAGUGAAUACUGAUGAUGGUGUAAGGGAGUAGUCAACCCAUUCUCAAGAGACACUUCAUAACUGGUUCUGAUCAUUUGGGACAAUUGUCUCUUGCUGGCAGGCUGUCUUAGAGACCACCAGACAAGGCACUCAAGAUCAGACCUUUCUGACUAAGUGGUUUGCAGAAUAAACCUGUCUUGUCCUCCUCUUGGAUUUUUGACUCCGGAUGCUAGAGUUCAGGCAAUGAGCCCAGCAUCUGGUGUCCUUCAGGACUUCGGUGGCGGUCUCCUGGGCUAGCCGGCCUGGGUUUUCUAUUGGAAGGAGUAGAAUCAUGUUUCCAGUGAGACAAUUUAGUGACCCUGCCCUUUUUAAAUUUCUCAUUUGUGUGUUGUCAAGGUGGUGAAUGUGGUGAUCAGAAUUCAUCAUUAUGGCCAGACACAGCCUCUACUCUGUCUUCACUGACUCAGGACCUUAGCCCUUUACCAGAGCUUGGGUGCCAGCUGGUACUGAUGGUGUAGUCACCGCUGCCUCCCUGGGAGGCAAUGAAACCGAUCACUGAUGCUGUCGUUACUGGGCAUGCCAUCCAAGAGAGGAGAAAUAGCCUUGGUCUGGGCUCCAAGAAUGAAGAGCAGUGCAAAAACAACCCUCUUCUGGUCAGCACGUUCUGGAAUUUCCCAUCUAACUGUACCACUGUCAUUUGAAAUACCGUCUAGACCCAGCUGGGUUUCACAGCAAGUAGUCUGGGCUACCUCUGCCCCCCCCACGCAUGGACUUAGUUGAGGUUGAUGGACAUGUCCCCGCCGGCCUCACACAUGGAGCACGUUGACAUUGAGCUUCAGCUCUGCUUGCUCUGAGGCUUUGUUUCCAUUUGUUCGAUUGGGGCACGAGUGGGCCUCAUAGCUGCCACUUAAUCCUUCCUUUUUCAGAAAGAUCAUAUAUUCACUAGUAUUUUUGGUCACUCUAGAACUUUUCUUCAUAGUGGUUGUUAUGGGACCCGUGACUGAUAGCCUCCCUCUUCUAUUAUAGAAGGAAUGAGAGGAAAAAGACCAUGUGGAAAAUUAAAAAGUUUUCAAGGAGAACUUGGGACCAAAACCCCUUCUAUGUCCAAAACAGGGCACACUGAAUAAACCGAAGUUUAACAUAAUUUUUUAUUAACAGCCAUAUUAGACUUAAUUUGUUAUAUUUUAUACAAAUAAACUGUUUAGAGUGGUUUUUAAAAAUUAUAAGGGAAAUGCACAUACAGUAUAAAAAAUUUUAUAAUUGUUGUACUUAAAUUAUGUUCUGUUUGGGGACUGGGAAAUGUAUUUUUACAUUGUUUACGGCCAAUUGCUUUUGUAUUUAUCGAUUUAAAUCCUGUGUGUCUUCUUUUUUUUAUCAUCUCUCUCAAUGUCAAAUUUUGUAGUCUUUUUAAAUAAAUCCAUUUUAUUGUCUGA